AUGGGGCACCACAAUAUCCGUUUUGAUGGAGAUUCUUACUCUCUAGUUGGCAUUUGGAGUCCUCCAUCAAGCAGGGCCAACUUCUGUGAAGAGGACUAUUCUAUAACACUGUACUUGGCUGAAUUCAUCAACUCACUUACGAACCUCGCAUAUGUGUACUUCGCUCUCCAAUACAUGUAUGGCCCUGGAAGCCGUGGAAUCUUGGCAACCAAGUUGGAUUUCAUGUCCAUUUCGCUUCUCACCCUUGGCGUUGGAUCUUUUUUGUUCCACGCAAGUCUUCGCCAGACGCUCGAGUUUGCUGACGAAUUCUCGAUGCUGGGACUUACCUGGUCGAUGCUCCAGGCUACCCUGACAACAAGGCAAUCUUCCUCAUAUGCUCGGUUUAUCUCAAUUAGUCUAGCCAUUUGCUUCGGGACGUUUUCUGUAUUUUACUUACAGUCACCAAGCAUCAUCUACCAGGUCAUCGCCUUCGCAUCAAGUCUACUCGUUGUCAUCUUACGAUCUCAAUAUCUGUUUCAUUGGAUUCAGCCGGCGUUUCCCAGGGACAAAAGCCGCGAUUGGAAUUGGAGAACUUGGAAAGCCAUCUCAAUUUGCCUUGCAGGAUAUGUGCUCUGGAACAUCGACCUCGAGUACUGCGCGGAGCUAAGGGCGAUCAGAAAACAAGUUGGGUUACCGUGGGCGUGGGUGUUUGAGUUCCAUGGGUGGUGGCAUGUUCUGACGGCUGUCGGUGCUGCUCAAUUCAUGAACGUCGCGAGAGAAGUGCGUGAAGAGGUGGAACAUGGGCAGAAGAGGCAAUAG